GGAAGUAUAAAGUAUAAACCAACCCAUUCACCGACUCCUGUACGGAACUUCAUUGGCUUCCUAAAUAAUUGGGCGGAGUGAGAGGGAGAGGGAGAAGGAGAGAGGAAGCGAACGAGGCGUCCCAUCUCCCUCUCUUUGACUCUUCGUCUCUCCCACCUCCGACGAUGCCGCCGCUGCCGAUGCCUGAGGCCGGCGCAGAUCCCGGCGAGGCGGCGGCGGCGGCGGUGCGGAGGAGGAAGAGGGAGGCGGGGGAGAUUCCGGCGCACAUGAAGGCGGUGGCGGGGUCGGUGGGGGGGGUGGUGGAGGCAGCAUGCCUCCAGCCGAUCGACGUGAUCAAGACGCGGCUGCAGCUGGACCGCGGCGGCGCGUACCGCGGCAUCCUCCACUGCGGCGCGGCGGUGGCGCGCACGGAGGGGGCGCGCGCGCUGUGGAAGGGGCUGACCCCCUUCGCCACCCACCUCACCCUCAAGUACGCCCUCCGCAUGGGCUCCAACGCCCUCCUCCAAUCCGCCUUCAAGGACCCCGCCUCCGGCCACCUCUCCCACCGCGCCCGUCUCCUGUCCGGCUUCGGCGCCGGCGUCCUCGAGGCCCUCCUCAUCGUCACCCCCUUCGAGGUGGUGAAGAUCAGAUUGCAACAACAAAGAGGACUGAGCCCCGAGCUUUUAAAAUACAAGGGCCCCAUACACUGUGCGAGAAUGAUCAUUCGCGAAGAAGGCCUUUUGGGCCUGUGGGCUGGAGCUGCCCCAACAGUUAUGCGUAACGGGACGAACCAAGCCGCCAUGUUCACUGCCAAGAAUGCAUUUGACGUCGUUGUCUGGAAGAAGCACGAAGGCGAUGGGAAAGUUCUUCAGCCAUGGCAGUCUAUGAUCUCAGGCUUUUUAGCGGGGACGGCCGGGCCUAUCUGUACCGGGCCUUUCGAUGUGGUGAAGACAAGGCUCAUGGCCCAAGGAAAGUCGGGUGGUGAGCGCAAAUACAAGGGCAUGGUUCAUGCUAUAAGAACGAUUCAUGCCGAAGAGGGGUUGCUUGCGCUAUGGAAAGGAUUGCUUCCUAGGCUUAUGAGGAUUCCUCCUGGGCAAGCAAUCAUGUGGACUGUUGCAGAUCAAGUAACUGGAUUCUAUGAAAGGAGAUAUCUGCAGAGUGCUCACUUGUGAUCUGCAUUCUUCGCAGGUUCGUUGAACUUUGAAAAUCCCUUUUCCUUCUCUUGUCCUCGUAUGAUCUUUUCACUCAACCGAUUUGUUGACCGGAUUUCGAUCAGAGAAAUGGUGGAGAAAUCUCCAUGGCGUAUGAUUGAGCUUUCAUAGUUCUGAAAACUCUAGUCAUUGUUAUAGUUCAGAGGUAUCCAUAUUGUUUGUUAUAUUGGUUGAUUUCAAAAUUUUGCUGCAUUAGUAUAAUUGGCUUUUACCGGACUAUUUCAUUGUUUCAAUAAUCCGAAGCCUAUGUAAUCUUCCUUGGAGAGUUGCUUUGAUCUCGCCUCUCUCUAUUUGUAUAUGAACAUUUUUGAGAGCCUCGAGAAAAAUGGAAAAAAAAGACCCAUUGGCUGAGAAUCAACUUUGUUGUCUCUAUGCUUUUUAGGGUUUUGCCUA